AUGAAGUACACAGGAGUGCAGCUCACCCCCUACACCCUAGGUAAGACUUUGCAUGGUGUCAUUAUUAUUUUAGAGGAAUAGUUUAGAUAUCUUAAGAGGGUGUCAGCUAGGCUGGUAUGCAGGAGGUCAGGUAUGCUGCUGGAUCUAGGCUGCCAGAGAGUCCCUGGCCUGCAGCAGGUGUUAUAUGGUUGUUGUUGCAAAGCUGCAGACACUAAACAGCAGAGCAGGUAGAAUACCGCUCUGUGCCAGAAACAACUUUGUCUUGAGGAGGGCGGAGGGGAAGGAGGAUGGGGAAGCAGGGUUGGGUAGGUUACUUUCUAAAUGUAAUCCAUUAUAGUUACUAGUUACCUGUCCAUAAUUGAUAUCAAUAAUUACCCAAACUCAGUUACGUAAUCUGAUUACUUUCUGUUACUUGUGGAUUACUUUCCCCUUAAGAGGCAUUAGAAGAAGACAAAAAGGAUCCAUCAAACGCAUUUGGUGUGUCAUCAUAGUGGUCUCUGACUUGUGGUUAGACUCGCUCAGGUGGAACAAACAUAAAACUUGCGCCUUUUUCCAAUGCUGAAUUGAAUGUCAUAAUGUAUUUUUUCGCAAACAUACUUCCUGAAUUGAAAAGUAAUUCAAGAAGUUAGCAUCUAGUUUUUCAAAAGUAUCUGUAAUCUGAUUACAAUAUUUUAGCUGGUGACGUAACUGAUUAAAGUUAGUUUUUUUGAAAUUAGAUUACAUUUAACUGAUUACAUUAAAUCAGUUACUCCCCAACCCUGUGGGGAAGUGAGGAGGAGGAAAGGGGAAGGAAGAGAGUGGGAGAGUAGGGCGUAGGAGAGGAAGAGAAGGGGAGAGUAGGGUGGAGAAAGAGAGGUAUUUAAACUAUCUUCGGUGUGUCACUGUGGGGCAACUGUGUCUUGUGUUCUAACUCUCUUGUUGGUGAUGAUUACAUAGUUUUAAGUUGAAGAAUGUUGUUAUCAGUAAAUCAGAGUGUUCCUCCUGUCUGACUCAGUGAACAGGCCAGUACAACCGCUCAGACUCUCGCUUCACAGCGUUACACUACAACAAAACAAUAACCUACACACUGUAGUUUUCACUGCUUUAGCAUUCUUAAUAUUGAAUAGGUUUGGGCGGUAUCCAGAUUUUCAUACCUUCAUACCGUUCCUGUGCCAUACCGGGGUAUACAGUAUUAUAGGCAGUGCACACAAGGGGCUCUAUUUCUUUCCAGGAGGGGAUUGAUUGUCUCUACUGUGACCAAGAAGCUUGAUCUUGCAAGCUACCCACUUUGCUAGCAAGUUAAGCAAACCAAAUGCAUAGCUGGAGUCCUGUUGCCAUAAGGGCGCAAGGUAGCCUAGCGGUUAAGAGCAUUGCGCCAGUAGCCGAAAGGUCGCUUGUUUGAAUCCCUGGGUGAAAGAUGUGUCCUUGAGCAAGGCACUUAACCCUAAAUUGCUCCUGUAAGUAACUCUGGAUAAUAGUGUCUGCUAAAAUGUAAGGUUAGGAGUAUGGUUAGGUUUAAAAUCACAUUUUAAGAGGAUAAAUUGUAGAAAUAGCCGGGGUUUAUGACUGGCUGUGGUAACUAUUGACGACCCUGGAAGCCUGCGCCGGAGAUAAUUUAAUUGGCACAUCUUAGAUAGUUAACUUAUAGUUUUAAGCAGUGGCAUAGCACACACACCCCGAGCUUCAUACUGUCGGUAUUUCAAAAUACCCCGGUAUACGGUAUACAGUUGAAGUCGGAAGUUUACAUACACUUAGGUUGGAGUCAUUAAAACUCGUUUUUCAACCACUCCACAAAUGUCUUGUUAACAAACUAUAGUUUUGGCAAGUCGGUUAGGACAUUUACUAUGUGCAUGACACAUAUAAUUUUUCCAACAAUUGUUUACAGACAGAUUAUUUCACUUUAAAUUCACUGUAUCACAAUUCCAGUGGGUCAGAAGUUUACAUACACAAAGUUGACUGUGACUUUAAACAGCUUGGAAAAUUCAAAAAAAUUAUGUCAUGGCUUUAGAAGCUUCUGAUAGGCUAAUUGACAUCAUUUGAGUCAAUUGGAGGUGUACCUGUGGAUGUAUUUCAAGGCCUACCUUCAAACUCAGUACCUCUUUGCUUGACAUCAUGGGAAAAUCAAAAGAAAUCAGCCAAGACCUCAGAAAAAAAAUGGUAGACCUCCACAAGUCUGGUUCAUCCUUGGGAGCAAUUUCCAAAUGCCUGAAGAUACCAUGCUCAUCUGUAUAAACAAUAGUACGCAAGUAUAAACACCAUGGGACCACGCAGCCGUCAUACGCUCAGGAAGGAGAUGCGUUCUGUCUCCUAGAGAUGAACGUACUUUGGUGCGAAAAGUGCAAAUCAAUCCCAGAACAACAGCAAAGGACCUUGUGAAGAUGCUGGUGGAAACAGGUACAAAAGUAUCUAUCUCCACAGUAAAACGAGUCCUAUAUUGACAUAACCUGAAAGGCCGCUCAGCAAGGAAGAAGCCACUGCUCCAAAACCGCCAUAAAAAAGCCAGACUACGGUUUGCAACUGCACAUGGGGACAAAGAUCGUACUUUUUGGAGAAAUGUCCUCUGGUCUGAUGAAACAAAAAUAGAACUGUUUGGCCAUAAUGACCAUCGUUAUGUUUGGAGGAAAAAGGGGUUUGCUUGCAAGCCGAAGAACACCAUCCCAACCGUGAAGCACGGGGUUGGCAGCAUCAUGCUGUGGGGGUGCUUUGCUGCAGGAGGGACUGGUGCACUUCACAAAAUAGAUUGCAUCAUGAGGAAGGAAAAUUAUGUGGAUAUAUUGAAGCAACAUCUCAAGACAUCAGUCAGGAAGUUAAAGCUUGGUCGCAAAUGGGUCUUCCAAAUGGACAAUGACCCCAAGCAUACUUCCAAAGUUGUGGCAAAAUGGCUUAAGGACAACAAAGUCAAGGUAUUGGAGUGGCCAUCACAAAGCCCUGACCUCAAUCCUAUAGAAAAUGUGUGGGCAGAACUGAAAAAGUGUCUGCGAGCAAGGAGGCCUACAAACCUGACUCAGUUACACCAGCUCUGUCAGGAGGAAUGGACAAAAAUUCACCCAACUUAUUGUGGGAAACUUGUGGAAGGCUACCCGAAACGUUUGACCCAAGUUAAACAAUUUAAAGGCAAUGCUACCAAAUACUAUUUGAGUGUAUGUAAACUUCUGACCCACUGGGAAUGUGAUGAAAUAAAUAAAAGCUUAAAUAAAUAAUUAUCUCUACUAUUAUUCUGACAUUUCACAUUCUUAAAAUAAAGUGGUGAUCCUAACUGACCUAAAACAGGGAAUUUUUACUAGGAUUAAAUGUCAGGAAUUGUGAAAAACAGAGUUUAAAUGUAUUUGGCUAAGGUAUAUGUAAACGUCCGACUUCAACUGUAUAUGGUAUACAUGCCCAAGCCUAAUAUUCAACAUGUCUCUCUCCCUCUUUAGGGCAGGCGUUUCCUGUGUUGGAGGGGAUAGCAGGGGACGUGAUACCAGACCUGUUGGUGGCGCCCCCUCCUCUCCUGAGGAGGCACCUCCCGGAGGCCUCCACCCUGCGACCCCUGCAAGAGAAACCCCUCCGACUCCCCUCCAUGGACCUGACCGCCCAUGGUACAUCCUACCCACUUCUCCUCACACUGGACAUGUUCUGUCACUAAAGUGGUCCACAGCAGUGUGUUCACAAACCACAUUACAUUGCACAUAGACAAACAUAUCUCACACACACACUAAUAAACUGGGAAACUAAAAGAGAAAGGAUAGAGUAGUGUUAUCAGUGUGUGGUUCUUCAUGUUGGGUAACUAUCGGUCUUUCUUCUCAGCUGUGGAGAUUCCUGCUCCUCUAGAGUUCUCCGUAGCCGAUCCUGCUCUUGACGUUCCCGAGUUUGAGGACGGAGGGUCGGAGCUUCUGAAAUUGGAAGCCCUAGAAAUGCAGCCUACAGACUUGGUGGAGUUAGGGAGGUCAGAGUGGGGGAACGGGGAAUAUGGUGACCCUGAGUUAGUCCCGCUAGAUGUAGACAACAUUCCAGAGACAGUGCUUCUAAAGCAGGAGAUUCUGGAAGAGGGGGAGGGGGUUCCAGAAUUUGAGGACCACAGAGUUCCAGAGUUUGGAGUUGAAUUCAGAGAGUUUCCAGAAACUGUCCCUGCCUCCCCUUCCAGCCAGGACCCCCAGCCAGCGGCAGGGUAACACAACCAGCUAACUCUUUCUCUCUCUCAAACUUACCUAAUUCUUACCUUAAAAAUAACAUAUCCAGCUCCUGUUCUCCACUAGAAUAUUGUUCUAUGUCAUGUUCUUGUCCCUGACUGACCGUUCCCCACCCCCACCCCUCCAGAGCCCAGGCAGAGGACGGCACCUAUGAGAGCUGUGACAAUGCCAAUGAGCACAUGCCCUCAGCCAAACAGAAGGUCAAGGGUCAAUCCACCAAGAAAAAGAAGGAACCAAAGAGUAAGACACAGGCACCUUACAGUAAGUUCUCACUCAGAUACCAUCCACCAGCAUGAAAGUUUCCAGCUGUGGGUGUGAGUGUGUGAGAUGAGGUCAGUGGUUGAGUGUGUGUGUACUGUGUGUAAUGUUAUGCAGGCCAGUGUCUAGGCAGUGAGGUUUAUGUGUGUUUACCUCUUUUCUCCUAUCGACCCUAGACAGACUGGAAUUGCUAUCGCACUCAUGAUUGUAUCUUAUCUAGCCAUAACUGCCACCAAUAAGAUUAACUAACAUAAAAUAUGUCAUGUUUUCUUAACUAUUUAUCUUCCUUUUAUCUUUUCACAGACCCAUAUGCUGAGACUCAGUCUCCGGUAAGGAAGAUUCUGGGUCUUUUGAUUGGUUGAUAGCUCAGUAUUUGAAAAUAUUUGACCCAGGUCUGUUACACACAGUAAAAGCUGCUCUAUCUGUCAGACACUUCUCUGCAUCUAUCCUGUGGGAAUCUAAUCACCCAUUAAAGAUCUUAUCAGACAUGUCCCUCAUCUUCCUAUUGUUUACAGACUGAAGGAACACCCAAGACUGGCUGGUCUUUUAAGAAGCCUGCUCUGGAAACCCCAGAGGAGAAAGCACUGAAGAAGAAAGAAAAACAACAUCUGGAGAAGGAGAAGAAAGAGCAGAAAGAGAGAGCGAGGAAGGAGCAGAAAGAGAGAGCGAGGAAGGAGCAGAAAGAGAGAGAGAAGAAAGAAAAUGAGAUGAAGAAGUUUAAGGUAAGAAAUCCUGAGAGGAGAGAAGAGGAAUAGUAUUCUCGGCAGUAGAAACCAGUGCGAUUUCAUUCCUUCAAGAUGGAAGAUUAACUGAACAACAUGGUUACAUGGUAAUAACUUCACCUAUCACAGAGAGAUGUAUUCUGAUUUGAGAUCCACAUGGUUGACUUUCAUUUUUGAGCAAAUCUCCCAAUGACGUCAAUGAAUGAUUUUCGCAGAAGUCACAGUUGGAUCUCAAGUCUCAAUACUAACGAUGAGAGAGGGGGUGGGACUUAUAGGAAAUGUCAUAUAACCCUAACCCAAGUGUUGCUAGUACAAACACUGCACACUACACUACUACACUCAAUAAUACACAGAUUAAUACACAGGGUAAUAUCAACAAUAGCAGCCCCUCUAGCAACUGAUGUCAUUAAUGUAAAGCCCAGCUGCAAAGAAAGACUCAAACUGGACAGUUUUAUCUCGAUCUCUUCAUUCAAAGACUCAAUCAUGGACACUCUUACUGACAGUUGUGGCUGCUUCGCGUGAUGUAUUGUUGUCUCUACCUUCUUGCCAUUGUUCUGUUGUCUGUGCCCAAUAAUGUUUGUACCAUGUUUUGUGCUGCUACCAUGUUGUGUUGCUGCCAUGUUGUGUUGCUACCAUGUUGCUACCAUGUUGCUGUCAUGUGGUGUUGCUACCAUGCUGUGUUGUCAUGUGUUGCUGCCAUGCUAUGUUGUUGUGUUAGGUCUCUUUAUGUAGUGUUGUGGUGUCUCUCGUCGUGAUGUGUGUUUUGUCCUAUAUUUUUAUUUUUAAUCCCAGCCCCCGUCCCCGCAGGAGGCCUUUUGCCUUUGGUAGGCCGUCAUUGUAAAUAAGAAUUUGUUCUUAACUGACUUGCCUAGUUAAAUGAAGGUAAAAAAAAAAAAAAAAAGAUUUACAUUGCAUUCAUCGCACUCCACUACAGUAAAUACAUAAUGGACUGCUGAGAUUAUAUUUUCACUGUGUGUGCAUGUCUUUGUGCGUGUGCAGAUAACAGGUCAGGAGGAGGCUAUAUAUCAGGCUACGGUGACGGUAGCAUCUAAAGGACGUAAGAACGACCUGGCUGUGAAGAAUCGGGACAUCGUCAGCAUCAUACGGACCACAAACUGCCCCAAAGGAAAAUGGCUAGCCAGGGACAGCACUAAUACAUGUAAGUUACACACCUACCUAACUCCUGACCUCUACACAAAUACAGGUGGGCAUAACAUUAGUCAAAGUAAUAGUUCAAAAUCUACAGUAGUUGUUUGAAUGUGGGAUCGCAGACAGGUUGUGUUGUUGUGUUGUGUUGUCAUUACUUGAAGACCUACUGUAUGUGAAAACUGUCUUGCAGAUGGGUACAACAUGAGUAAUAUGUGUUUACAAACUAUCUGUGUGUAUAGAUGGGUGCAUCUUAGUUAUAGCAGGUGUAAUCAGUGUUAUAUAUAUGUGUGAUAUAGAUGGGUACAUCUCAGUGAGCCAGGUGGAGCUGGACAUUAAGGAGAUGUUGGAGCUGGGGAAGAAGGCUUCUCAUGCCAUCAGCCAUAAGGACAGCAGUACUCUGGUAGAACAGGGAGGAGAGGUGGCCAGUAUGGGCAGCAGGACGUCCAAUCACUACCCACUACAGGAAGAUACAGGCAGCUGUAAGUACUUCACUGUUCAGUCAUUCAUGUGCACGUGCACAUAUCAUAUUGUGGAUCCAAAUGAACUAGUAGCCCUUUCCUGAAGUCAAUGACCAAAAGCGCUCUCUUUGGCCUCAUGGGUGGAAUGUUAUUAAUAUUUUUCAUAAUUAAUAUAGAUUAUUUCAAAGAACCCGACAAAUAUCUAUGUUAAACAGUUUUGUUAAAUGAUUCUGUGUUCUGUGAUGUACAGUGCCUUCGGAAAGUAUUCAGACCCCUUAUUCUAAAAUUGAUUACAUAAUACCCCAUAAUGACGAAGCGAAAACAGUUUUUUAGAAAUUCUAGCAAAUUUAUAAAAAAUAAAAAAACAGAAAUACCUUAUUUACAUAAGUAUUCAGACCCUUUGCUAUGAGAUUCGAAAUUGAGCUCAGUUGCAUCAUGUGUCCAUUGAUCAUCCUUGAGAUGUUUCUACAACUUGACUGGAGUCCACCUGUGGUAAAUUCAAUUGAUUGGACAUGAUUUGGAAAGGCACACACCUGUCCAUAUAAGGUCUCACAGUUGAAAGCGCAUGUCAGAGCAAAAACCAAGCCAUGAGGUCGAAGGAAUUGUCCAUAGAGCUCCGAGACAGGAUUGUGUCGAGGCACAGAUCUGGGGAAGGGUACCAAAACAUUUCUGCAGCUUUGAAGGUCCACAAGAACACAGUGGCCUCCAUCAUUCUUAAAUGGAAGAAGUUUGGAACCUCCAAGACUCUUCCUAGAGCUGGCCGCCCAGCCAGGGAGAAGGGCCUUGGUCAGGGAGGUGACCAAGAACCCGAUGGUCACUCUGCCAGAGCUCCAGAAUUCCUCUGUGGAGAUGGGAGACAUUUCCAGAAGGACAACCAUCUCUGCAGCACUCCACCAAUCAGGCCUUUAUGGUAGAGUCGGCCAGACGGAAGCCACUCCUCAGUAAAAGGAACAUGACAGCCCGCUUGGAGUUUGCCAAAAGGCACCUAAAGACUCAGACCAUGAGAAACAAAAUUCUCUGGUCUGAUGAAAUCAAGAUUUGGCCUGAAUGCCAAGCGUCACGUCUGGAGAAAACUUGGCACCAUCCCUAAGGUGAAGCAUGGUGGUGGCAGCGUCAUGCUGUGGGGAUGUUUUUCAGCGGCAAGAACUGGGAGACUAGUCAGGAUCGAGGGAAAGAUGAACGGAGCAAAGUACAGAGAUCCUUGAUGAAAACCUGCUCCAGAGCGCUCAGGACCUCAGACUGGGGCGAAGGUUCACCUUCCAACAGGACAACAACCCUAAGCACACAGCCAAGACAACACAGGAGUGGCUUUGGGACAGGUCUCUGAAUGUCCUUGAGUUUCCCAGCCAGAGCCCGGACUUGAACCCGAUCGAACAUCUCUGGAGAGACCUGAAAAUAGCUGUGCAGCGACGCUCCCCAUCAACAUGACAGAGCUUGAGAGGCUCUGCAGAGAAGAAUGGGAGAAACUCCCCCAAUACAGGUGUCAAGGUUGUAAUUGCUGCCAAAGUUGCUUCAACAAAGUACUGAGUAAAGGGUCUGAAUACUUAUGUAAAUGUAAUAUUUCCGUUUUUUUAUUUGUAAUAAAUUUGCAAAAAUUUCAAAAACUGUUUUUGCUUUGUCAUUAUGGGGUAUUGCAUGUAGGGAAAAAAACUAUUUAAUCAAUUUUAGAAUAAGGCUGUAACGUAACAAAAUGUCGAAAAAGUAAAGGGGUCUGAAUACUUUCCCAAUGCACUGUAUUGGGAUGCAAACUCAAAAUUAAAAAAAAUGUCAACUCUAUAUCUGACAUGGUACAGGCGUCUUCUUUUUUUCAAAAACAACCAUGUGUGUGAGGUGUAUACUUUUGUUUCAAAGUAGAUUUGUUUAAGACUACCAAGAAACACUCUUGUGUGGCCCUGAUUUAGCCCACUGCAGUAAAAGGUAAAACUCUGUGUGUGUGUGUGUGUGUGUUCUCCCCCCAGUCACAGACGAAAGUGAGGAGUGGAUGUGUGAUGAUGAUGAAGCGCUCUCCUCCCCCAUUGAGGAAGAUCCUACAGAGAGGUAAGUACACACCGCAACAUUAACUAUUUGAACAGGCACGUUUAGAUAUGGGGACUAUUCACCAUUGGGACUGUUCAACAGGGGCCCGAUCCCGAUUUAGGAAUUGAUGUGUCUUUCCUACGCACGCCUUUCCUACGCACUUCUCAGUAUUUGGUAUUCAGACUUACUUUUUUCAGUCACAUAACACACUCUGCAGGUGUGGCUACCUUGCUCGCUCUGAAUACAUUACAUUCAACCGCUGAAAACCCUCCCACUUGCUGGCCAACAGAUUUUCUCAUGGAGUUUUCAUUCAAUAGGGUUUUCAGUACAUUGAUCUUAAGCCAUCCCUUUAAACAGUGUACCUUUUUAAUUACAAUUUUGUCGACAGACAAUGAAAUACAUGGAGAGAACGGUUUCAGAUUAUGGAGAUCAAUGAAAGAAUGCCAUCUAUACAUAUUUGUCUCAGUUUCAGCACCAACUGGUGGAUUUAAAAAUACUCUGAUCUUUUAGAUUAUUUAGACACAUUUUAAGGUUAGGAAAGUAUGUAUGAAUAAAAAAAUAACAGUUUGGAGAGCCUUUACGCACUAAAUACACUGCUCAAAAAAAUAAAGGGAACACUAAAAUAACACAUCCUAGAUCUGAAUGAAUGAAAUAAUGUGCUGACAACAAAAUCACACAAAAAUUAUCAAUGGAAGUCAAAUGUAUCAACCCAUGGAGGUCUGGAUUUGGAGUCACCCUCAAAAUUAAAGUGGAAAACCACAUUACAGGCUGAUCCAACUUUGAUGUAAUGUCCUUAAAACAAGUCAAAAUGAGGCUCAGUAGUGUGUGUGGCCUCCACGUGCCUGUAUGACCUCCCUAUAACGCCUGGGCAUGCUCCUGAUGAGGUGGCGGAUGGUCUCCUAAGGGAUCUCCUCCCAGACCUGGACUAAAGCAUCCGCCAACUCCUGGACAGUCUGUGGUGCAACGUGGCGUUGGUGGAUGGAGCGAGACAUGAUGUCCCAGAUGUGCUCAAUUGGAUUCAGGUCUGGGGAACGGGCGGGCCAGUCCAUAGCAUCAAUGCCUUCCUCUUGCAGGAACUGCUGACACACUCCAGCCACAUGAGGUCUAGCAUUGUCUUGCAUUAGGAGGAACCCAGGGCCAACCGCACCAGCAUAUGGUCUCACAAGGGGUCUGAGGAUCUCAUCUCGGUACCUAAUGGCAGUCAGGCUACCUCUGGCGAGCACAUGGAGGGCUGUGCGGCCCCCCAAAGAAAUGCCACCCCACACCAUGACUGACCCACCGCCAAACCGGUCAUGCUGGAGGAUGUUGCAGGCAGCAGAACGUUCUCCACGGCGUCUCCAGACUCUGUCACGUCUGUCACAUGUGCUCAGUGUGAACCUGCUUUCAUCUGUGAAGAGCACAGGGCGCCAGUGGCGAAUUUGCCAAUCUUGGUGUUCUCUGGCAAAUGCCAAACGUCCUGCACGGUGUUGGGCUGUAAGCACAACCCCCACCUGUGGACGUCGGGCCCUCAUACCACCCUCAUGAAGUCUGUUUCUGACCGUUUGAGCAGACACAUGCACAUUUGUGGCCUGCUGGAGGUCAUUUUGCAGGGCUCUGGCAGUGCUCCUCCUGCUCCUCCUUGCACAAAGGCGGAGGUAGCAGUCCUGCUGCUGGGUUGUUGCCCUCCUACGGCCUCCUCCACGUCUCCUGAUGUACUGGCCUGUCUCCUGGUAGCGCCUCCAUGCUCUGGACACUACGCUGACAGACACAGCAAACCUUCUUGCCACAGCUCGCAUUGAUGUGCCAUCCUGGAUGAGCUGCACUACCUGAGCCACUUGUGUGGGUUGUAGACUCCGUCUCUUGCUACCACUAGAGUGAAAGCACCGCCAGCAUUCAAAAGUGACCAAAACAUCAGCCAGGAAGCAUAGGAACUGAUAAGUGGUCUGUGGUCACCACCUGCAAAACCAGUCCUUUAUUGGGGGUGUCUUGCUAAUUGCCUAUAAUUUCCACCUGUUGUCUAUUCCAUUUGCACAACAACAUGUGAAAUUUAUUGUCAAUCAGUGUUGCUUCCUAUGUGGACAGUUUGAUUUCACAGAAGUGUGAUUGACUUGGAGUUACAUUGUGUUGUUUAAGUGUUCCCUUUAUUUUUUUGAGCAGUGUAUAUUGAUUAAUAACAAAUAGUGGUUUGAUUCAUCCUGAAAGUUGUCAUAUUCAAGUUCAAUCCAUAACAUUUUGGAAGGUGAGAAAGUGUACAAUAGGGGUUGAAUAAUAAUCCUACAAAUCUACCCUAAUUCUCACUAAUCAUGGAACUGUAUGACAUCGGACCGGUUGUCAGGAACCUGCUAUGUGUGGUCUGAGUUCCAUAAUGAUUCAAAUAGGCUACAUGUCCCAAAUUAUUGGACAACAUUAGUCUAUAUGAUCCACUAAUGCUAGCGACCCUCAGGAACAAUUUACAAGGACGUGACAGAGGAAAGAAAUGUAAACAGAAUGUAAUGAUGCAAAAAUAAAUGUUUGUGGGUAUUACUGACGGGGGCUCCCGAUACUGACUAAUAUUUAACAUGAUACAAAUUGUAAAAUAAAAUGGAGAAAAGCCCAGGCAUAUUGCAAUUGCUAUUUGUAUUUACAAUCCCCUUCUCCAAACGGAUUGCUCAUUUACCUAGCUCUUAUCAAUUUAUAAAUGACUGUGCAUGGAGAAUGCUGUUAUUUCUAUUGAAAAAGUAGAUGCUUUUUCCACUUGGAACAGGCAGGUUCGCUCAACCUUAUUCAUGGUUUCCUCGUGCGUAAAGGUGGUGGAAUUAUGAGGGAAUUAAGUCCAGGUCAGAAUACAGUGUAUCUGUAGACACACCUCUACCAUACCUUCAUUUAUUCAAGCUCCACCUCAAACGAAUAGUGGGUGAAUAGCCUGCUAUUCUCAUGCUUACGUUCAAGGUCAGAAUACGCAUAGAGAGAAAAGCAGAUAAAAAGGGAAUUACUUUCCCUUUACUCGCGCUUAACUCGGGUCGGAAUCGGGCCCAUGGGACUGUUAUGGUGAGGGCUAUCACAGUGGGGACUAUUGACUUUGAUGUCAGGAACUUUGAAUCUGCAUGACAUCACUGUUCUCUUCUGCAGCGGCCACAUCCAAACAAUGUCCAUGAUGGGUGAGUAAAACACCACAGUCAAGCCACUGGGUUUCAAUUAUCUAUCUGACUAUCAAUGAGCCAUGACUGGCCUCAGCUUCCUGCACGUCCUGCUCAUCUUUUCUUCCUCUCUUUAAAUACCUAAAAUCAGUGAGGGAAAAAAAGUAUUUGAUCCCCUGCUGAUUUUAUAUGUUUGCCCACUGACAAAGAAAUGAUCAGUCUAUAAUUUUAAUGGUAGGUUUGUUUGAACAGUGAGAGACAGAAUAACAACAACAAAAAUCCAGAAAAACGCAUGUCAAAAAUGUUAUAGAUUGAUUUGCAUUUUAAUGAGGGAAAUAAGUAUUUGACCCCCUCUCAAUCAGAAAGAUUUCUGGCUCCCAGGUGUCUUUUAUACAGGUAACGAGCUGAGAUUAGGAGCACACUCUUAAAGGGAGUGCUCCUAAUCUCAGCUUGUUACCUGUGUAAAAGACACCUGUCCACAGAAGCAAUCAAUCAAUCAGAUUCCAAACUCUCCACUAUGGCCAAGACCAAAUAACUCUCCAAGGAUGUCAGGGACAAGAUAGUAGACCUACACAAGGCUGGAAUGGGCUACAAGACCAUCGCCAAGCAGCUUGGUGAGAAGGUGACAACAGUUGGGGCGAUUUUUCGCAAAUUGAAGAAACACAAAAUAAGUGUCAAUCUCCCUCGGCCUGGGGCUCCAUGCAAGAUCUCACCUCGUGGAGUUGCAAUGAUCAUGAGAACGGUGAGGAAUCAGCCCAGAACUACACGGGAGGAUCUUGUCAAUGAUCUCAAGGCAGCUGGGACCAUAGUCACCAAGAAAACAAUUGGUAACACACUACGCCGUGAAGGACUGAAAUUCUGCAGCGCCCGCAAGGUCCCCCUGCUCAAGAAAGCACAUAUACAGGCCCGUCUGAAGUUUGCCAAUGAACAUCUGAAUGAUUCAGAGGAGAACUGGGUGAAAGUGUUGUGGUCAGAUGAGACCAAAAUGGAGCUCUUUGGCAUCAACUCAACUCGCCAUGUUUGGAGGAGGAGGAAUGCUGCCUAUGACCCCAAGGACACCAUCAAACAUGGAGGUGGAAACAUUAUGCUUUGGGGGUGUUUUUCUGCUAAGGGGACAGGACAACUUCACAGCAUCAAAGGGACGAUGGACGGGGCCAUGUACCGUCAAAUCUUGGGUGAGAACCUCCUUCCCUCAGCCAGGGCAUUGAAAAUGGGUCGUGGAUGGGUAUUCCAGCAUGACAAUGACCCAAAACACACGGCCAAGGCAACAAAGGAGAGGCUCAAGAAGCAGCACAUUAAGGUCCUGGAGUGGCCUAGCCAGUCUCCAGACCUUAAUCCCAUAGAAAAUCUGUGGAGGGAGCUGAAGGUUUGAGUUGCCAAACGUCAGCCUCGAAACCUUAAUGACUUGGAGAAGAUCUGCAAAGAGGAGUGGGACAAAAUCCCUCCUGAGAUGUGUGCAAACCUGGUGGCCAACUACAAGAAACGUCUGACCUCUGUGAUUGCCAACAAGGGUUUUGCCACCAAGUACUAAGUCAUGUUUUGCAGAGGGGUCAAAUACUUAUUUCCCUCAUUAAAAUGCAAAACAAUUUAUAACAUUUUUGACAUUAGUUUUUCUGGAUUUUUUUGUUGUUAUUCUGUCUCACUGUUCAAAUAAACCUACCAUUAAAAUUAUAGACUGAUCAUUUCUUUGUCAGUGGGCAAACGUACAAAAUCAGCAGAGGAUCAAAUACUUUUUUUCCCUCACUGUACCUUUGGCCGAUUAUAUCUGUUGUUGUUUACAUUAUUGUGUGUGUGUUUUCUUCCUCCAGGAAGCAGAGAGCCUAGCAUCCACCACCAACACACACUCAGUGACACCACCAUAGAUGGCAUGCAGUGAGUCACACACAGAUAAUAAGACAAUGAUUUGAAUAGUAUUAACAAUAUUCUGUCCAAUAGUUAUCAUGUCUCCCUUCUGAUGUCUGUUCUGCAGGGCGAGACAUGAAGCACUUCAGAAGCUGGCCACUUUCUUCCACAAACCUGUUGUAGAGGAACCCAUCAGGAGGUACAUAUACCUGCACACACACACGCGCACACGCAGAUGACGGUAAAGGUGAUUGAAUGUUUCCUUUGAUGUUUACCUCUUGUUUCUCUGUUUUUUCUCUCCAUCUCUCUCUUUCUCUACUGUCUCCCUCUGAGAAGACCUGAAGAACCUGAACCUGAAGAACUAAUCAGUAAGUAAAGAUCUAUGUAUGGAUUCUGUGUCCUACACAUUCGGCCUAUAGUCUUUGGGCUGGUUAGCCAGACACAGAUUAUCCAUUUAGCAUACCUUUCUUUCAUAGCCCAGUAGGGUUUCAUUUGGGUCUGGGAAAUCAGCCAAUAAAGGUUGAAAGAAUGUUGUUGGAAUUUUUUGAGUUCAAUGAAAGGAAUCCACUUUUUACGUCUGAAUCUGACACUGAUGACACAGAGUGGAAAAAUACCUUUACGUUUAAAACAUCCUUUUUUACUUUCCAGGUCCCGUGGAUAUAGAAGAACCAGUGUACCCGUAAGUAGGAUAGAAAAAAAUGUCACAUUGUGUAAUCUGUUGUCAGACUGGUUUUCUGGGCUUGGAUUGUGAAUGUUAUUGAGCUGUGUCAUUGAGUGUGUGUGCGCGAGUGUGUGUCUGACAUGCAUGUGUGUUUCUAUGUAGAUGUAAAGAGGAAGCAGAUUUGGCCUUUCCAGGCAUGGUGAUUCUUCCUCCUCCUGACCUGUAUUCAGACGACAUAAUCAAUGACGCUUAGUAGACUACCAACUACUGUAAAACAGGUAGUUGAACAGGUAAAAAUGAUACUUUACAAUAAUCAGCCAUUAAGAACCAUUGAUCAGUCAGUCAAUACCAGUAGGCCAUUGAUCAUGCAUUGAUGAUGUCUGUGUCUGUUCUCUCUUCUAUGAGCAGUUGGAGAGCAGAGGAAGAAUGGCAAGAUGGUAUGUCGUCAAGUGCCAGUCAUCUCCAUGACAAUCACUCAGAUAACAGAGACAUGAAGGAUCGCCGUUUGGACAACCUGCAAUCGGAUGGACUAUUUCUCUGUUAUAAUAUUGUUUAGGCCGGGAUUCAAUCCGAGCGCUCUAGUCAACAAUGCAGAUUUUGAAGGCAACGUUAGCGUCUUUGCGGAGAUCGCAUUCAAGGUAAAUGCUGCAGAUGUCGACUCAUUUGGAAAUGAACUUUAAAAUGUCAAUAACGCUAUAGUGUUUCAGAUUGAAUCCCUUGUUUUGAUGUCCAUCCAGGGUUAUGGAGGUUGAGAUUAAGGGAAGGAUACAGACAGAGAGCAGUUCUGUUUAUACUUAAUGUUCAAUCGUUUUAUACAAAGACAACUAUGGGAUACCAUGCAUACAUUGAGGUUCCACAGUGUAAUAAAUCUUUACAGGUGUUCGUGUUUGGCUAUGACAAAUCAACAGUCUGUAUCCAGCUACUGUCUGUCUAAAAUGACACCC